AUGCACAACAACGUAUCUGCACCGCAUGUCCGCUAUACCCUAAUGGUCAUGCAGUGGGGCCAGUUUAUUGACCAUGAUAUUAUUUUCACCCCCAUCAACAAAGGUUUCCAAGACUCGAUUCUGGAUUGCCGCAGAUGUGACUCUCCCCAGACAGUCCACCCUGAGUGUUUCCCCAUAGCCAUUCCUCAGAACGAUCCAUUUUUCCCUCCUGUCAAUACAUCAUCUGGCCAGCCAUUCUGCAUCCCCCUGACCCGCUCCAUGCCAGGCCAGCUGACUCUAGGCUACCGGGAGCAAAUGAACCAAGUGACUGCCUUCAUCGACGCCUCUCACACCUAUGGCUCAGACAAGUGUGAGCAGCAGCAACUGAGGACCAAGUAGGACGGCAUGCUACGAGGCACACCCAACCCCCUGCGAGGCAAAGACCUGCUGCCCACUGAGAAUGAGAACCACGAGUGUCAGGCUCCCUCUGGCCGGUGCUUCACUGGAGGAGACACCCGGGCCUCAGAGCAGCCUGGCUUGGCUGCGCUACACACUCUGAUGAUGCGUGAACACAACAGAGUGGCCGGGGAACUGAAGCGCCUCAACAAACACUGGAAUGAUGAGCAGCUCUUCCAAAAUGCCCGGCGUAUCGUGACGGCCAUCAACCAGCAUGUCACGUACAAUGAGUGGCUGCCAAGGGUGCUGGGGUGGAACGCUGUUAAUCUGUAUGAGCUUAACUUGCUGCCUGAGGGCUAUUCUGAAGAUUACGAUGCAUACUGCAACCCAACAGUGCUCAAUGAAUUUGGCAUAGCCUUCCGCUUUGGCCACUCUCUACUCAAGCCUUCCCUGGAGCACAUGGACGGAAUAUUUGCCAAGCGCAACCCUCCUGUCAAGCUGAGCGAACACUUCUUCAACCCAGACCUACUCUACCAGCCUGGGAUGCUUGAUGAGAUCAUCCGCGGCCUGACUACUGUGUCCAUGGAGACACUGGACCAGUUCUUGACAGAUGAGGUGACCAACCAUCUCUUUGAAGACAAGCGGCAGCCAUUCUCUGGCCUGGACCUGGCUGCCCUCAACAUCCAGCGAGGCAGAGACCAUGGACUGCAGCCUUACAAUGAGUACAGGGCCCUCUGUAACCUGACCAGGGCGAGGUCGUUUGAUGACCUGCACAGGGAGAUAGCGAGGCCGGUGAUCGAGCGAAUGAAACGGACGUACGCACACGUGGAUGACAUAGAUCUGUUCACUGGUGGAUUGAUUGAGACGCCGCUGCACGGUGGACUGGUCGGUCCCACGUUCGGCUGCACCCUCGGCAUUCAGUUCAGGAACCUCCGCUGCUGUGACCGGUUCUGGUAUGAGAAUGCUGACCCACUUGUGCGCUUCACCGACCCUCAGCUCACUGAAAUAAGAAAGGUGACACUGUCCAAGCUUCUGUGUGACAACUGUGACUAUGUGGAAAGUGAACAGUGGUCUGUCUUUGACCUUCCAGACCCCUUCCUGAACCCCCGAGUGUCAUGUCGCGACCUCCCCGGGGUGAACCUUGAGCUGUGGAAAGAGCGUGUGUCAUGUGGCGUAGGCAAGACUAACAUCGACAUAAGUGGAGCAGAACGCAUCUCUCCUUGUGUUAUGUGCACCUGUACCAAGGAAGGGCCUGUCUGCCAGAGCCUCAAGAUAGACAACUGCUUCCACCUGGCCCAGUCCUACAGUCCUGAGUCUAUUCUGAAUGACCACGUGUGCAAGGUGCAGUGUGCAUUUGCCUUCCGUGCCUUCCCACAAGUGGCCACUCAGGACUCCAACCAGCUCGGAUUUGCCAACAGUUAAAGAACUGACGUCACAAGAAAUGGUUAGAGAAUAUUUUGCAAUGUCCCUAUCUUGUGAAGUAUGUUAGGGGUGGGGAUGCUCUCUCUCUCUCUCUCUCUCUCUCUCUCUCUCUCUCUCUCUGUCUGUCUGUCUGUGUAAGAGGCAAGUUUUGUUUUUGUUCAGCAGAUAUAUGGUAUAUUAUGACAGUAAAUUUGGGGUUGAGUGGUUGUAUUUAGCAAUGUCUCUCUGGAGUAAUGCUGUAAAUUUUUGUGUUUGUUUCUCCCUUGUAUGUAUGUAUGUAUGUUCCUCCUGCUCCUCCUCCUUGGGUUUGUGGAAGACUAUAACAUCUUACAGAAAAAAAAAAAAAAGAAAAUUAAGUUGUUUUCAUAAUGCUGCUACUGCUGUUUGUAUGUAUGUAUGUAUCUAUGCAUCUGUGUAUAUGUGUGUGUGUGUGUGUGUGUGUGUGUGUGUGUGUGUGUGUGUGUGUGUAUUGAUG